UCCACCUGCUAGGUCCCUCCUGUUUCUGUCCUGGACCCCCCUGCCAGCAAUGGGGCAGUGUGGGGUAGGGCAGAGCCUGGUGGCAGGCUUGGCUCAUGCCUCACCUUGCGGUGUGUUUAGGCAGCAGGGAUGUCUGUGGGGCUUCCAGACCUCGGUCGCUGCCUUCAUUCCAGGGCCAGCCCGCUCGCUGGCUCCCCGAGGGGCAGAAGGGCAGGCACGGCUCUUCAUGAGCAUCAUGGGGAGCUGCCCCCACACUGAGCCCCUGCUGGGCAGCUCAGGCACCCCCACCACCCCCAUGGGUGGAGGUGUCCCAGGCGCUCCUCCAGCAGUGAAGUGGUUAACACGGGCUGCUAUUUCAAGUUGGCUCUCCAGCCCCAGCCCCGCUGCCUCCCGGACAAGCUCUCCUGGGCAGGUUCUGGUCCCGGGCCAAGGGGAGGGCCGUACAGGGACUCGGGGCAGCCUUUGUCCCAGGACCGGGGCUCCGCACUCCAGGUACAAGCUGACACAAACGGACACCAGGGCGAGCGUGGCAGUGCUGGGAGCAGCACCACGGAGCAGCGUUGGAGGAGGAAUGGACUACAAACCCAAGGCCGUUGCAGGUCUCCUGGCAGCCACUUGUGUCUUCAGCAUCAUUGCCCUUAUUCUGAGCGUCGUGGAUGUGAAGGUUGUGUUUCUGCCUCCCAGCAUCAAGUACGGUCUGGUGUUUGACGCCGGUUCCACGCACACAGCUCUCUACAUCUACCGGUGGCCUGCGGACAAGGCGAAUGGCACCGGCAUCGUCUCCCAGGUGGAGGCAUGCACUGUGUCCGGACCUGGCAUCUCCAGCUACGCAGACAACGCCACGGGGGCUGGAGCCAGCCUGAAGCCCUGCCUGGACAAGGCCAUGGCGAUCAUCCCGGUGGAGCAGCAGCGGGAGACCCCCACCUACCUGGGGGCCACAGCGGGCAUGCGGCUGCUGAGGGAGCAGAACAGCACCAAGGCCGAGCAGGUCUUUGCUGAGGUCUCCAAGGCCAUCGCCGAGUACCCUGUGGACUUCCGUGGAGCUCAGGUUCUCACGGGGAACGAGGAGGGCUCCUUCGGCUGGAUCACCGUCAACUACCUGCUGGAGACGCUCGUCAAGUUCUCCUUUGCAGAGAAAUGGGAACACGCACGGGACACUGAAGUUCUUGGAGCUCUGGACCUUGGAGGUGCCUCGACACAAAUAACCUUCCAGCCUGGCGUCACCAUCGAGGACAAGAACACCUCUGUCUUCUUCAGGCUGUACGGCACCAACUACUCGCUCUACACCCACAGCUACCUCUGCUACGGGCAGACGCAGGCCUUGAAGAUGCUGCUGGCAGCUCUCCACCAGGGCAGCCUGCCUGCCCAGCAGAUAUCGCAUCCCUGCUACCCCAAGGGAUACCAGGAGAACAUCACCACGGCAGACCUCUACGACAGUCCCUGUGUGCAUGCACCAGGCACAGCCAGCCGUGCACAGACGCUCACGGUGACGGGGACAGGGGACCCAGCAGCGUGCAGCGCCGCCAUCCAGAGACUCUUCAACUUCAGUUGUGGGGCCAACACGACGUGCGGGUUCAACGGGGUUUAUCAGCCGCCCGUGAGGGGACAGUUCUUUGCCUUUGCUGGGUUCUACCACACCUUCCACUUCCUGAACCUGACCAGCCAGCAAUCUCUAAAUCAUGUCAACUCCACGGUCCAGACCUUUUGCAAGAAGAACUGGUCGGAGCUGGUGGAGACCUUCCCACAGAAGACUGAGUAUCUACACAAAUACUGCUCCAUGGCAAUUUACAGUUUGACACUGUUGCUUGAUGGCUACAAGUUCAACGAGCACACGUGGAGCAGCAUCCACUUCAGCCAGCAGGCAGCAAACACAGACAUCGGAUGGACACUGGGCUUCAUGCUGAACCUCACCAACAUGAUCCCCACGGAGGCUCUGGAACCCAUCAAGGGGAACCAGCCCAGUCUGUGGGCAGGUGCCAUCUCCUUUAUUGUGCUGGCCAUAGUGGCAGGCCUGGUGGCCAUUUUCCUCCAGUGUUUCUGGAAAACGAAGUAGCUCCCAGCCUCCAGACUAGAGGCAUCCUGCCCACUAAACCAGGCAGGGAAGUGGUGCUAAGGAAGGUGGAAGCGGGAGAAGAACGAGGGCAUUGGACCCAUAUCCAUUGUUCAGCAGGUCUAAUUGGGUCAUCUCUGUAAAGAUGUUGAAGAUGACAAAGGCGUCUUGAGCUCUCCAAGUACCUCCAAGAGGAAAAGACUCCAUUAUCUGGCUGACAAAAGCUGACUGAGAGCUGGUGGCUAGAUGAAGCCAGGUAAAUUCAAACUGGAAAUAAAAUCAGUUUUGUUUUUCAAAUAUGAAAGUCACUAA